AUGGUGACUCCAUCGAUACCAAAACAGAUGAAGGCUUGGGUGGUCACCAAGAAUGGACCACCUAGUGAUGCGUUGACGCUGCGGACGGACUACCCGACUCCAGCUCCGCCAAAGGGAUCCAACAUCAUGGUGAAGGUCUCUUACGCAGCACUCAAUCCGGCCGACGUGCAUUUCAUGCUGCACCUUUCGAAUUGGAUACCGUUCAGGCAUAAUCCGCACCCGGGUCUCGAUUUUGUCGGCACUGUUGUCCAGGCUGGCCCUUCGGCAGAGCUUGAAGUUGGGGCUGAAGUCGGCGGAGCUGUGAAUGUCAGCUCUGUGGCGUUUGGCAAAGGAUCGCUGGCCGAGUAUAUCGUCAUUCCGUCCGACAUUGUUGCACGCAGACCGAAGAGUCUUGAAAUGCGACAAGCGGCUGGCGCUCUAGGCGUGGCAGGGCAGACGACUGCGCUUGUCCUGGGCGAGGCCAACGUGAAGGCAGGGGACAAAGUGCUAGUCAACGGGGCUAGUGGUGGUGUUGGCUCAGUGCUUGUCCAAAUUGUUAAAGGCCUGGGCGCCACAGUGUACGGCGUCUGCUCUGAAGCGAAUGCCGACAUGGUCAAACGGCUUGGUGCGGAUCAUAUCAUUGAUUACAAGGCACACAAAUCACUCUACAGCUUCCUUACCCAGGAACAUGGCGAUGCACCAUUCAACCUCAUGAUCGACUGCGUUGGUGAUCAACCACUUUUCACUGAGCCAACUAAGUAUCUCAGGCCAGAAGGUCUCUUUAUCUGCAUUGUUGGUGGUCGUUCACAGGGUAUUGUACCUUAUUUCAAGAACAAGAUUCUGCCUGUUGCCUUAGGCGGCACGCCUCGACAGUAUCGCAUCCUUGGUUUGUCGCCUUCCGGAGCUUUCGCUGGUGUCGCAGCAAAAUGGGCCAACGAUGGUCUCUUGAAGGAGAUUCCGAUAGAUAUGGAAUGCCCAAUGGAAAAUGCAAUCCAAGGUUAUGAGCGUGUUGUGAGUAAGAGAUCAAGAGGCAAGGUAGUUGUCAAAGUGUCUUAG